AUGGAUAUAUUGGGUAUUGCGACGAAAUUAAAUGCUGGAAAACAUCAUUCCGUUAAAAAUGAUGAUGUAUUUAUUGAUCGACUUAAUCAUAAAUAUACAGUAACAAUCAUCUUAGUAUUUGCAGCUAUUAUUACAACUCAACAAUAUUUUGGUUCACCUAUUACAUGUUGGGUACCUGCUCAAUUUACAGGUGGUUAUGAAAAGUAUGCAAAUGAUAUAUGUUGGAUAAUGAAUACAUAUUAUGUUCCGAUGGAGAAUGAUAUUCCACAUGUUGAAACAACACGAUAUGAACGUAUGUUAAAAUAUUAUCAAUGGUCACCAUUUAUUCUUUUAUUUAUGGCUUUAUGUUUUUAUUUUCCGCGUAUGCUAUGGAGAUCAUUAAAUAAUAAAUCAGGUUUAGAUAUCGAAAAAUUAGUUGAAGCAGCUUUAAAACAAGAACAAGAAAUUGAAGAACGAGAAAAAACUGUUGAUUAUAUUUCAAAUUCCAUACGUGUUUAUAUUGAAAAUCGUUAUACUUCACCAGCACAAUCUCCAAGAAGCAGUUUUCAAAAAUUUUGUUAUAAUCUAACAUUUUGGCGUCAUCGUCAUUUAAGUUCAUAUAUAGUUGUAUUAUUUACAUUUGUUAAAUUUUUAUUCCUUAUUAAUUCAUUAAUACAAAUAUUUCUUUUAAAUACAUUCUUGGGUAAUGAUUAUCAUUUAUUUGGUUUUGAAGUCAUAAAUAAAUUUGUUCGUGGACUUGAUUGGGGUGAAUCAAAACGAUUUCCACGUGUUACUUUAUGUGAUUUUCAUAUACGUGAAAUUGGUAUUAUACAUCGUUAUACAGUUCAAUGUGUAUUACCAAUUAAUUUAUUUAAUGAAAAAAUUUUUCUUAUCUUAUGGUUUUGGAUUUUAAUCUUAGCAGCCUUUAAUAUAGGUGAUUUUUUCUCAUGGUUAUUACGUAUUAUACGUGUUGAUAGUCGUUCAGAUUACGUACAAAGAAAAUUAGCUAUGAAUCGUGCAAUGAAAAAUGAUCCAAAUGAUGAAUAUUUUAAAUCCGAUCAAGAGAAAUUAGAAGACAAACUUUGUAGCAAAGCAUUUGUUCGUGAUUAUUUACAAGAAGAUGGUUGUUUUGCUCUUCGUCUUCUUGCACGUAAUGGUCAAGAUAUUAUUGUUGGAGAAAUAAUUGAUAAAUUAUAUAAACAAUUUCGUCCAAUCUAUGAACGUGAUCAUCAAAAUUCUGAUCAAACAAUAAUGAUACAUAAAUCUAAUUCUUAUCAUAAAUCUUCAACACCGAUUAUUAUACCACGAACACAACAAUUUGAACCAUUAAAUAAUGAUAAUAAUGAAUACCGACGUUUAGUCCCACAAACAACAACGUGA